AUGACGUCGGUCUCUCUUCCUCCAAGCAGACCUGACAGGAAGCUAUCGCCAUUCGGAGGCACAUCAAACGGUGGCUUUGGAGGUCGUUCUGACGCGAACAAGAACGUUUUCGGUCUCAAUGGAGCUGGCGCCGGCGGUGGGCAGCGGUCGACACGCAACUUGAAGAACCAACCUCUCGAUAUGACUACCCCUACGACAAAGCGCAAGGGCGUCAACCCGUUCGAUGGCGCGAGCUCAGACGAUAACCGACGAAGGAAAAAUACAAAGGGAGAUUCACAAGGCGACUGGAAGAAGAAGGGACCCAAGGCGCAAGGUACGAAGCCAAAUGGCGCGAAGGCGCCGAAAGGGUUCGGAACCACGCAAUCGCGCGGUGGUUUCGGCACCCAAAACAACAAUAACCACAGCGCGGGCUCUACCGACUACGAAACGGACGAUGCGAACGGCGAAUUGAACGGCGACGGCACGCCAUACUCCGAGAAAAUCUUCUCGCAACUACGACAGGAUGGAAUCGCGCCGCCGAAAUGGCCGUCCGAUCCAGGAAACACGACAUCAAAGGUCGCGAUGGCGAAGUUCAGGGAGGAGUUCAAAACGUAUCGCGAUCGGGCUAGAAUGUCAUUGAUGCGCGCCGGCUUGAUUGACGACCCCGAUAAGCCUAAACGACUGGAAGACGCGAUUGACUUCAAAGGCAUCUGCGACGCGAUGUGUCCCGACUUUGAAAAGAUUACUCGCAUCACCGAAUUUGAUGUUCAGUCCGCCGAAAAAGAUCCUCGAACCACUUUCGCCAACACGUCAAAGAUGGUCAAGAAGCUCGCACGUUCCGCAGCUGGCCAAGAGGCUCCGUUACCCAUGGAUGUCAGGUCUACCGCAGCACUCAGAAGGACACUCGACUACCUGAUCGACGAUCUUCUCCGGACCGAUGACAAGCUGCCCACUUCUCAUGGUUUUCUAUGGGACAGAACACGCGCGAUUCGCAGAGACUUCAUCUUCCAUUCGACAAUGUCUCCUCAGGAGAUGCAGGACCAGGUUUACUGUCUCGAGACGAUUGCGAGGUUUCACGUUACGGCUUUACAUUUGCUCUCCCAGGAGGGUUUUGCGCCGGAAGAUUUCUCAGAACAACAGGAAAUCGAGCAGCUGGGAAAGGCGUUGCUUUCGCUCAUGUUUGCGUACGACGACUGCAAGCCCCAAGGCGUUGUUUGCGAAAACGAGGCCGAGUUCAGGGCGUACCACUUACUUUUCAGUGCUAACACCCCAAAUAUCCUCGAUAAUGUGCAAAAGGAAUGGGGAGACUCUCGGUUCUGGACCGAAUCCGAUACUAUCAGAACAGCCGUCUCACUCGUCGAAAGCCUGCAGAGUGCGGAGGACUUUCACGGCCCGCUGGGCUCGGAAAAUCAGGCGAUUGAGUUCGUUGAGCAGCACGGCCUAAGCUUCUCCAACGGAGAGGGACCAGCGGGCGAACCCGUACGAUAUCUCGACACAUCGCAACGCCUGACAUGGCCGAGAAUUCAUCACAGCUUCUCUCAGAGAUUGGUUGAAAGGAAACGAGGUUCUCGCAGCCUUCCUGAGAUCAUCCACCGUACAAUAGCCGAUGAAUCUACGGGUACCAUCCCACAGGCCUCCAGAGGGUUUACGACAGGAGCCGCUUCGUUCAAGCCGCCUUCACAGCAGGGCCACUUUGGAAACAACUCAACAACAAACGCAGACUCGCCUUUUUUUAAGUCUUCCUUUUCAGCUCCCCAAGGAGGCACCUCGACGGGGCUCACAGGGACGCCGUCUUUCGACAAAGAUCGAACGUUGCAGUGUCGUGGUUCAGUCAACACGACUUCUGGUACGAUAUAUCGACUGGUGGUUGUUCCAGGGGUUGAGGAGCGCUCAGAGCGCGUUCACAACCAGGACGAGAUGGCUAGCACCGCAGUGCCACUGGCAGAAGACGAGGAGGGCAGGCAUAGCCAAAGCGAAACUCUGCUAACAUUGUGUCCCACAGCAACCGAGGGCCCAAAGCCCAGCAUAGCGAAUUCUAAUCCGUUUGGAAACCCCUUCUCAACGGCUCAGUCAACGUUUACUGGUGCGACACCUAUUCAACAAAGCGGCCAAGCCUCGUCGUCGACAGCAGCGCCAGCUCUUAAUCCAUUUGCAGCCCAGACAAGCCCAUUUGGCAAGUCAGACGGUGCAGUAGAGAGUGCGACGCCCAGCAGCAACCCAUUCGGGUCAUUAAACCAGCCAAAUGGCAUUUUGCAACCCAAAGCCCCGACUAUGCCGGCGUUCCCUUCUCCGGCGUUCGGGACCAGCGCGCAACAAAAAGCGCCGGAGCAAGCGAAGCCAACAGCCUCCGUGGGGGCCUCCGCGGCCAUCACUGUCACCCCACCGACACCAACAUUCCCCUUAUCAACCUCAAGUACUGCAGAGUCAUCAACGCCUUUCAAAUCCCCAUCAAGCUCAGGCGUACCGUCUGCGGCUCCGAAUGCUGCCAAUAGUCCCUUCCAGUCAAUUUCCAAGUCAUCGGAUACACCACAGUUACCGUCCUUGUCAGUAGGCGCACCGGCUCCUGCCCAGUCAGCGAAGCCUUUUGCAACAUUUCAACCCCCAUCGACUCAAUCACCAAGUCCACUUCCCAGCAAGACGACUGCGUCCGAUCUCUUCCAGAAACCCACACCCACGAGCUCUGAAGCCGGGCCCGCACAGUCUCCAUUACCUUCCUUCACAUUCCAAGGAGGCAAUGCGUUGGGAGCCGCGAAGCCAGCGCCCACAGCUCAACAGAGCUUCCCUCCGGCUGCCACCUUACCCGGGCCAUCUACAGCUUCGCCGCUCGCCCAGGCCGCAACUGCUAAAGCUCCAGCGGUGGAACUACGGUCAAAGCAGGAUGACAUGGCCGACUUUGCGAAAUGGUUCGUUACAGGUGACAACGGGCUAAUGCAAGAGUUUGAGAAAUUUGUCAUUGAGCAGCUUGUCACGGCUGCCUUUGAACAGUAUCAAAGGGAGGAAGAAGAUCGGAAACGAAGGGAAGAGGAAGAGAGAGAUCUGGCAGAAGCACGGAAUUUCCAGAUUUACAACCUAUCCGUCAAGUAUUUCUAUCGCUGGAAAAAAAUCGCGAGAAACCUUCGCCUCACCAAACUUCGCAGACAGGAGAGGGAGGAGUACCGAAGGGUUCAACGGGAACAACGAGAGGAGGGGGCUAGGAAGAGAAAGCAGGCGACCAAGGCUGCCGAAGCAAGAAAAAGGGCCUUGGAGAGGAAUGGUUUCGAUCCCGUGGAAGAAUUCAGAGAGCUUCUUCAGCUCAGAAAGGAUGGCUCGCAUGCCGACCUCCAAGCAGAGGCAGAGGCAGAGGCAGAGGCUUUGCUAGCGACCGGCAUCCUGUCAGGCGUCUCGGACGAACGAGCCGCAGUCGCCAAUGUCAUCCGGACACCAGCAACGAUGGAGACUCUUGCAACGAACACGCCACUUCCCCGAUCCCGCUCGUCGACAGCCCUAUCGCAGUCAACGUCGGGCACCAAGCCCUGCGGCGCGAAAACACGGGCCAUUCGGGAAGAGUUUGGAAAGAGCCGCACCAACUUUCGACGUUCGCUGCCUCCCAUGUCAGCUCACUCCUCGUCGUCACGCCUGUCAUCAGAGCCGCAGAAGCGCGUUAGCAAGGUGUCUGAUCGCUGGCGUCUGAAGGCGAUGGGGCUCGUGACGAUGCCCGACGGAUCGGCGUUGCCCGAGUCCAUUGCCAAUGAAAUGCGGUACAACGGGAAACGAUAUGCAGGGCUCGGCUCGUUCGGCUUGGACGGCACCGAGCGACGCCGGAGCGUGUCAGCCGACCUCAACCAUGCUGCCGAGGCCCGACUGCGCUUUUCGCAGUCGCUGAACGGCGGCAGCAGCGGCAGCAGCGCCGCCGUGCCGCAAGUCAACGGGACCUCACCGCUUAGUAAGAGGAAACGGGCUCUUGACGACGACAACGACGAUAACGGGGUCGGGGCUGCGGACGAAGCCGCGCGUGUCAAGAAGCGGCCGUCGAGCAAUGCGGACAUUGACAGGAUACUCCGGGAGGCGAGGGAGAAUCUGGAGUCAUUGCGGAGUUCGCGGAUCGAGCUUGAUGAAGGGGCGGAUUGGUUCAGGGAACAGAACGAGAUGAUGCACGCGGAGGAGGCGAGCAGGGCUAGCUCGCCAUGGAGCAAAGGCGGUUAUCGGUGA